CUUCGCAGUACUAGUUAUCAUUAUUUUACAGGCCUCUGACGCGCUCAAGCUCGUCUACGAUUGCGCUGUCUUGUGUUCGAUAAUCUGCACACCUGCCUAAACCGUCGUUCGCCACUCAAAGUUGGAGCUUGGUAUGGUAUGUGAUUUGCAGACUCGCUACGUGGAUGUUAUCUACUGUUGGAGGGACAGGCUCGUUGCAUAUUAUGCAAUUAUUGCGACGGAACAAGGAGUGAAAGCGGUGCGUGUAAUAGAACGGCACAAGGUGAGACGAAAGGCACCCACACUCUUCCAGAUUAUUAGGCGCUGCUCCAUAGUUGGUUCAGAGCGCGUUGUGGGGGGGCAGAAUGGGAUCAGCCUACCCGAGAUGUGCAGGCACGGACUACUGUUUUUAUUGUUGCCUAUUGACUGUUCGUUCAUGUCCAAAGAGGCUGGUCAAAAGAUGUCACUGUCCUUGUCAUCGUCGCACCCUCUCGAUCGUACUUUUCAACAUACUUCCCGCUAUUGCAAAGCCACCCACCCACCUCCAUACCUCGUUGAGCCCUCGUCCUCGAUACCCGAAGAGUUAUUACGAACACUGCUGAGGUACCAGCAUACUGCUAGCCUGUGGAUAUGCAUUGGGUGAAGCCAAUGGCAAAUUUCAAGAGUUUUCAGUGAUAGUGGGUUGGUCGAUCAAACGGUCCACAUAUUGAGGCCGAGGAAGGCGCACGGAUGGGGUUGAGUAAGUGCGACCCGCAAAACGGCAGCAGCCAGCCGAGCACUGGAGAGUAGGCAAGAAACGGUGUUCACAAGGAUGUGACAGGCAUGGCGGCGACGUUGUUGUUCGUGUUUAAAUUCUGUGUCGGACCUACACUGCUAUUGGCAGGCAGCGAGCCUGGGCAGGAUGUCACGCAAGCAUAAUGCAUGCCUCGGCAAUGCUCGACUGGCGUGAGCGUGCCAUGUGUGCUUAUUAAUUAGCCCUUAUCCCGAUGGUGCA